CUCGCGUACAGCCGAACUCGUCAACUGCAGCCGCUGCGGCCACGACACUGCCAAGCACCGAUGUGCCUUCCAAAAGUGGGAAAGCCGUACAGUCACCGAAUCAGUUCUGAAUAAGGAAAUGAGGAAAGAGUACAACCGCGCGGCGACUGAUAUUGACAAGAUAGAAGUGCUGAUGCGCGGGAGGGAACUAGUGGACGAAAAGUAUUUUUGCGCUUUGUUUUUUGAUUUGAUGUUGUUUCGAGCAUGAAGAAGCUAGCUUCAGUAGAGGCAAGGGUUGUGGUCACAUGGUCAGCACGUGGAGGACCGGUUGAUGCUAGUUUUUUCACUCCGUACAGAAGAACGUCCAUUCUCCGGUCUGCAUAACUACGAUGUAUCGCGAGUGACAGAAACUCGAUUUUUCUUUCAGCUGCUCACUCAUUUCAUGUCUGUGAUGAUUAAAGCCCCCCCAUCAAAAUGAAUUAAGUACCUUCCACUGAAUACGCGUGGCCGUUACUGAUUCAACAGGUUAGCGGAGAAACGCAGUAAAAUUGCGGGGGAGCUUCUGGAGGCUAUACACGAGUUUCAGAAGUUGACAAUUUUAGGCAAU